AUGUUCAAAGUCAAAUCCGGCCUCAUCGUCCCCUCGCUCAUGCUCGUCCUUGCUUUGCUGGCAGAGCCAGCAUUCGGAUCAGAUCAGCGAGAGCGAGGUGCUCUACAUCACGCUCGAAACCUUGCUGGACGACAGGAGGUUGAAAAUGCGGCGACAGCGGUAUCCAGUGGGAGUGGCGGAAUCGCCUCAGCUACUAUCAGUCAGGUCGCCGAGACUGUGGUCGCCACCAGUACCGGAUCAAGUGGCUCGGUCAUUGAAAGCUCUUCGGUAUCUGUAUCGCAAACGUCAGCGGUAGCAAGCGUCCUGGCUUCCGACUCCACUGUAGCUUCACUUACCUCAGCCCCAGGCAGCUCUGCCUCUAGUACAGCGUACGAGAUAGCCCUCGCUUCAUCCAUCGUCUCUCUCGCCCAGCCAGUCUCCAACUGCACCUCACCCGGCGGUGGCUGUGUUAUCUUUAUUACAUCCAUCGCCGACUGCUCCAACGACACUUGCGCAUGCGACCUUUCGUACCCCGCACAGGUGUGUGCGCAGUGCAUAGCCAGCCAGGAGGCGGUGGAUAGCUAUAAUGAUUACCUGGAAAGUUGUGAGGCAGGGGGAUUGGUGGAGCCCGAAAGUACUGUCGAGGUCGAAGUGGACGAUUGCGAGACAGAGAGCGGGGAAGAGACAAUGGUGGGAUCGACGACGUCUCUGGGAGAUGUUUCUCUUACGGGCAGUGCAAUCGCUGCCACAAUGACCAACUUAGAGAACGCAUCAGCAGCAAGCGGAUCAGCAAGCAGAUCGACCGCCCUUACAUCGAGCGGCGCCGACAGCCCCAUCGCCCUCGAGAUCGGAAACGACAGCUCUGACACCAACUCAUCCGUCACUGGAACGAACGUCAGCUCCGACACUUCUGCUCUGGAUGGAGUCAUGGCGCUGGCCACAGAUUCGCCCUCCGACACCGACGACGACUUGGUCACCACCUCAUACUCGACCAUCUCCCCUCAUGCGGCGAUGACUGUGAGUUCGAGCUUGGGUGUAGUGGGGCCUUCAGCAACUGCCCUAUCUGGUCAAAUGUCGGCGGCACAAACUCUUUCUGGGGCAAUAUUCACUCAGACCUCCCAGAACACAUCAACGACAGCCGCGUUGGACUCUGCUCACGCAUUCUUCAGUAUUGACAUUGAUGCGAGUUGCUCGAGUGACUGUGAUAGCUGGCAGCAGCUUGCGCAGACGUGUACGGACGAUACUUGUGUCUGCACGAGCGAGGGUGUAUCAGCCGCCAGUAAUUGCUCCAGCUGUAUCCGUUCUUCGAGCAGCUCAAACUCUUCGAGUCAGCUAGCCUCUUAUGCUUCGUUCACAAGCAACUGCACGUCAUCAGCCUAUCAAGCAGGAAUGUCAGGGAGCAGCGGCUCAGGUAUGGCUUUUGGCUCUCUCACCACCUCGGCCAGUACCAAUCCUUUCGCGACGGGCGUCUCAAGGAUCACAGCGACUCCAACGACGAGCGGUGUCAAUGUAGCAGAGGUGAAUGGAGGAUCCACGACUACUGUGACGGGAGGAAGUGGUUUCACGAGCGAGGCGAGGAAAAUUGGUGUCUCGAUGGGAUCGGUUGUGAGCAUUGUCGCGGUAGUGGGACUGAUAGGAAGCUUGGUUUGA